AUGGUUCCCGUUCCUCGCAAGCGGCCAUCCCGCAAGGGAUCCAUGGUCGACAUGCCCAAGGCCCUGCUCGACGAGAUCAAGGAGCUUGAAGAGACCUUCACAGUCGACACAGCCAGACUGAAGAAGAUUGUAGAGCAUUUCAUCAAUGAGCUCACAAAGGGCCUCAGUGUGGAGGGUGGGAACAUUCCUAUGAAUGUUACCUGGGUUCUGGGAUUCCCAACCGGCAAUGAGCAAGGUACUUUUUUGGCCCUAGAUAUGGGUGGCACCAACCUGCGUGUCUGUGAGAUUGUUCUCUCAGAGGAGAAGGGAGAGUUCGACAUCACUCAGUCCAAGUACCGCAUCCCGGAGGAAUUGAAGGCUGGAACUUCUGAAGAGCUUUGGGAGUACAUUGCCGACUGUGUCCAGCAGUUCAUUGAAUAUCACCACGACGGAGAGGAAUUACCCGACUUACCUCUGGGUUUCACCUUCUCCUACCCGGCAACACAGGAUUACAUCGAUCACGGUGUUCUACAAAGAUGGACCAAGGGAUUUGAUAUCGAUGGAGUUGAAGGCGAGGAUGUCGUGCCUAUGCUUGAGAACGCGUUAGAGAAGAAGGGAUUGCCCAUUAAAGUUGCUGCCUUGAUAAAUGAUACUACAGGAACGUUGAUCGCUUCCUCAUAUACUGAUCCUGACAUGAGGAUUGGUUGCAUCUUCGGAACUGGUGUCAACGCUGCAUACAUGGAGAAUGCUGGCUCGAUACCCAAGAUUGCACACUAUAAUCUACCUCCAGACACGCCUGUUGCCAUAAACUGCGAGUACGGCGCUUUCGACAACGAGCGUGUUGUCCUUCCCCUGACUAAAUUCGACGAGAUCAUCGACCGCGACUCUCCUCGUCCUGGCCAACAGGCGUUCGAGAAGAUGACCGCUGGCCUCUACCUCGGUGAAAUCUUCCGUCUCGUCCUGAUCGAUAUAAUCGACAACAAGGGAGGCAUCAUCUUCCAGGGCCAAAAGAUAGAAAACCUCCGAAAACCAUAUUUCUUGGACUCAUCUUUCCUCUCCGCCAUUGAAGAGGAUCCAUUCGAGAACUUGUCCGAAACCCGCGAUCUUUUCGAACGUACGCUCGGAAUACAGGCCACAAAGCCAGAGCUUGAGCUGUGUCGACGUCUUGCCGAACUCAUUGGGACCAGAGCCGCUCGUAUCUCCGCCUGUGGAGUAGCUGCGAUCUGCAAAAAGAAGAAUAUCAAAUCCUGCCAUGUCGGUGCCGAUGGUUCUGUGUUUAACAAGUAUCCUCAUUUCAAGCAGAGAGGUGCCAAAGCCCUUCGUGAGAUCCUUGACUGGGCUGAUAAUGAAGACGACAAGGUUGUCAUGAGCUCUGCCGAAGAUGGUUCUGGUGUCGGGGCGGCUCUCAUUGCUGCCCUGACCCUCGAGCGUGUCAAGGUGGGCAACUUGGCUGGUGUCAGAAAUAAGGAGAACAUAACUCACAUGCUUAAAGGCUAA